CUUUUAAACAUCAUCAGCGUUCUUGAUAAACGCAGUAAUAUGGUCGGACAUUGUUGACAUGGAACUAACCUAUGAAUGAGUUGUGCGUCUUAUUCGUGAUUUGUUCGGCAAUUGAAUAAUUUAUAUUAACUGUUGAAAGUAUCGAAGGAUCAGCCGCCAAGAUUCAGUCGCAACAAGAAGAAAUGGAAACUCACAAUGCUUCUAAAGAUUUCGACGUCGAUCCGAAGAAUAUCAUUAAAAGCCGAGAACUGUUGUACCGACUUAUGAUCAGUCAGUUAUUCUAUGAUGGACAUCAAACGCUCGCUGUGCAAUUAUCUAAUAUCACUCAAGCAGACCCACCGUGUCCACCGUCGGACCGUUUACUACACUUGAUGCUAAUUGGAGCAGCACACGAACCAGAUCGAGGAAAGAAAGAUAUUAAUAAUAUACCAACGUUUACAAAUUUCGAUAAUACUCUAGGACCAGGAUUGGACUUGGAAUUUGAAACAGAAACCCAAACUCAAGCUCCUGAACCUGCACAAUAUGAAACUGCUUAUGUUACUUCGCAUAAAGGAAAUUGUAGAGCUGGAGCAUUCUCGGCAGAUGGUCAACUAAUAGCCACGGGAUCAGUUGAUGCAUCAAUUAAAAUUCUGGAUGUCGAUAGAAUGUUAGCUAAGUCAGCUCCAGACGAAAUGGCUCCUGGUGAUCAGACAGGAGGUCAUCCAGUGAUUCGGACUUUGUAUGAUCAUUUAGAAGAAGUAACAUGCUUAGAAUUCCAUCCCAGAGAACCAAUUUUAGUGUCAGGCAGCCGUGAUUUUUCUGUUAAGCUUUUUGACUUCAGUAAAGCAAGUGUAAAAAAAGCAUUUCGGACAAUCACAGAUGCAGAUCAAAUACGAUGCUUAUCAUUCCAUCCAACUGGUGACUUUCUUAUCGUGGGGACGAAUCAUCCAGUAGUUCGAUUAUACGAUGUGAACACAGCACAAUGCUUUGUAUGCAGUAUACCAAGUCAUCAACACACUGCUGGGAUAACCAGUAUUAAGUUUUCACCAGAUGCAAAGACAUAUGCAUCAGCAGGGAAAGACGGAAGCAUUAAAAUAUGGGAUGGAGUUUCGAAUCGAUGCAUAAAUACCUUUGUUAAAGCACACGAUGGGUAUGAAGUUUGCUCUGUAACAUUCACAAGGAAUGGAAAGUACUUGCUAUCUUCGGGGAAAGAUUCUCUCAUAAAAUUGUGGGAACUAUCAACCAGUAGAUGUUUAAUUGCAUAUACCGGAGCUGGUACGACAGGCAAACAAGAACACAAGGCUCAAGCAAUUUUCAAUCAUACGGAAGACUAUGUCAUGUUCCCUGACGAAGCAACAACGUCAUUAUGUGCUUGGAAUUCUAGAAAUGCAUCCAGGAAACAGUUAUUAUCAUUGGGCCACAAUGGUCCCGUUCGGUUAAUUGUUCACUCUCCCGUGGCUCCAGCUUUUCUGACAUGCAGCGAUGACUUUAGAGCCAGAUUCUGGUUCAGACGAAUGCCUACACAUUAAAGAGUGCAGCAAAUGCGCAUUAAUAACUCAUGCACUUGUACUUCAUAAGAAUCACCCGGGUGAUUCAGUGAUACCAUUGACAAAUCGAGACGUGUACAGUACUUUUAUAGUUUUAAGAAUUUUCGCAAAAUUUAUUUAUAACAUA